GCCCAGCGGCGGCCGAGCCACCGCCCACCUCCGCGGACGGGGCGGUGCUCUCGGGUGGCCCGGGCCCUUCCUCCUCCCGGACUCUCGCGGGGCCGGCCCCGCCCCUCGGCACUUCCCCGGGAGCCCGGCCGGCCCUUCGCGGACGCCGCGGUCGCCCUCCGGCCGCGCAGCCACCGCAGAUGCGGACGCGUUUGUUCAGGGUGCAAAACCGCAAGCGCGCCGGAACAACCUUGGCACCUAAGAUUCGGAGAAAUACGGUAGUCCCGGCGAGCGGCGGGGAGCCAGCCCCACGGUGCGGCCCCGCCCACUGGCGCCCAGCGCAGGCGCAGAGCCGCCGGCCCCGCCCCCUCGCCGCCGAGCCUCGCUCCCCCGCUCGCUGACACGCGCCGACUGCUCGAUGGCGGACCCCGAGCUGCAGCUGGUGGCGCGGCGCGUCCGCAGCUUCCCGGACUUCCCCGUCCCGGGGGUGCUGUUCAGGGACAUCUCGCCGCUCCUGAAGGACCCCGCCGCCUUCCGCGCGUGCAUCAGCCUCCUGACGCGCCACCUGAGACAGACGCACGGCGGCGACAUCGACUACGUCGUGGGCCUGGACUCCCGAGGCUUUCUGUUCGGCCCAUCCCUGGCCCAGGAGCUUGGCUUGGGCUGCGUGCUCAUCCGAAAACGAGGGAAGCUGCCCGGCCCCACUGUGUCUGCCUCAUACACCCUGGAGUACGGCAAGGCGGAGCUGGAAAUCCAGAGAGAUGCCUUGGAGCCGGGGCAGAAGGUGGUGGUCGUGGACGAUCUGCUGGCCACUGGCGGAACCAUGCGGGCAGCCUGUGAGCUGCUGGGCCAGCUGCAGGCCGAGGUGCUGGAGUGUGUGAGCCUGGUGGAGCUGACGUCCCUGAAGGGCAGGGAGAAGCUGGCGCCGGUGCCCUUCUUCUCCCUCCUGCAGUUCGAGUGACGCCGCCGCGGCCGCCAGGGGGCGCCAGCCAUCUGCCUGGACUUUUUUUUUUUUUUUUUUUAACGGUUUUGUGCAUGCAGUUGCCUUUCCGAAGUGCCUAGGCCGUGGUCGCGGUCCUUCCUGCGGGCUCUGGAGCUGGAGGUGCCAAGGCCUGGAGCCGGCAGUUCAGGCGGGGGCCCAGCCCCCACAGGUGCACUUAACAAAGACAGACGUGAAUAAACUGCUUUGUUAGA